GUGAGAAGAACAAAAAUGGAGGGUUGGGACCCGAACACCAAGUCGACGCUGACCCAGAUCCCACUCUUGACGACCAAGGCCGGUCCUAGAGACGGCGCGGCGUGGACGCAGCGGCUGAAGGAGGAGUACAAGGCGCUGAUCGCCUACACCCAGAUGAACAAGUCCAACGACAACGAUUGGUUCCGAAUCUCCGCCGCCAAUCCCGAGGGCACACGGUGGACAGGCAAGUGCUGGUACGUCCACAACCUCCUCAAGUACGAAUUCGAUCUCCAGUUUGAUAUCCCGAUCACCUACCCCGCCACCGCACCGGAACUUGAGCUCCCUCAGCUCGACGGCAAGACCCAAAAGAUGUAUAGAGGGGGAAAGAUCUGCUUGACGGUGCAUUUCAAGCCUCUUUGGGCCAAGAACUGUCCAAGAUUUGGUAUAGCACAUGCACUCUGUUUGGGUCUUGCACCAUGGCUUGCAGCUGAGAUUCCCAUCCUUGUGGAUUCUGGUAUGGUUAAGCACAAAGAUGAUGCUGCAUCAUCAGCUGAAUCUUAGUUCAAUGUAAUACUGACGCUGUACGAGUAACACCUCGAUGACUGAAAAUAAAUGUUGAGCCAUAAGUAGCAACUUACUUGGAACGGGGCGUUAUAAUUUAUCUGCAGAGAAAUACAUUUUUGAGAUCAAAUACAUACUCUUGGAACUAUGUUCGUUUUAGUUUUGAAAUGCAUACAUGUACAUCGUAAGAUAUGAAUUGAUUCUUUUUUUCUGUUUCCUCUCA